GGCGGCCGAGUGAGGCCUGAGCGAAGCGAGCGGUGAGCGGCGGAGCAGUCGAGCGCUCAGUUUGGCGAGGGGCAGGCCGAGGCUGCAGAGAUGGAGAACUCGCAGUUGUGUAAGCUGUUUAUCGGCGGCCUCAACGUGCAGACGAGUGAGUCGGGCCUGCGCGGCCACUUCGAGGCCUUCGGGACCCUGACGGACUGCGUGGUGGUGGUGAAUCCCCAGACGAAGCGCUCCCGCUGUUUCGGCUUCGUGACCUACUCCAACGUGGAGGAAGCCGAUGCCGCCAUGGCUGCCUCGCCCCACGCUGUGGACGGCAACACGGUCGAGCUGAAGCGGGCCGUGUCCCGGGAGGACUCGGCCCGUCCCGGCGCCCACGCCAAGGUGAAGAAGCUGUUCGUGGGAGGCCUGAAGGGGGACGUGGCCGAGGGCGACCUGGUGGAGCACUUCUCGCAGUUCGGCACGGUCGAGAAGGCGGAGAUCAUUGCCGACAAGCAGUCGGGCAAGAAGCGUGGUUUCGGCUUCGUUUACUUCCAGAGCCACGACGCCGCCGACAAGGCCGCGGUCGUUAAGUUCCACCCCAUCCAGGGCCACCGCGUGGAGGUGAAAAAGGCCGUGCCCAAGGAGGAUAUCCACCCCGGCGGCGGGGGCGGCGGCGGCGGCUCCAGGCCCUCCCGGGGCGGCCGUGGCGGGCGAGGCCGCGGCGGCGGCCGAGACCAGAACGGGCUCUCCAAAGGCGGCGGCGGUUACAACAGCUACGGCGGCUACAGCGGCGGGGGCGGCGGCGGCGGCUACAAUGCCUACGGCGGCGGCGGAGCGUCCUACGGCGGCAGCGACUACGGCAACGGCUUCGGCGGUUUCGGCAGCUACAGCCAGCACCAGUCCUCGUACGGGCCCAUGAAGAGCGGCGGCGGCGGCGGGGGCAGCAGCUGGGGCGGCCGCAGCAACAGUGGACCUUACAGAGGUGGCUAUGGCGGUGGGGGCGGCUACGGAGGCAGCUCCUUCUAGAAAUAGAAGAAAAAAAAAGUUCCCGGGGGGGUGGGGGAAUGCUGUAGGGGCAGCUCCUUUUUAAAAGCCCCACCCGAAGUUCAACUCCCAAAAGUCCUUUUCCCCUCUCACCAUUCUCCCUUUUGCCCUUGGGGGGACAGCUCCUUCUGCAGCCUCCCUUUGGGGGCUUUGAUCUACUCGCCUGCCACCUUCUCUCUGUCUCCCCUUCUUAUGAAAAUGGACUUGGCCCCACAUACACAUUUUUGUGUUACAGUCAUUGAUGGACUCUAUUUUUUUAUUAUUACUUGGACCUUGGUCGUUUUUAUACUAGCAAAAUUGUCUUGUUUUGAUUUGUGUUGUUUUGGUUUUUGUUUUGUUUUUUUUUUUUCUUUUUGGUUUUGUUUUGGUUUUUGUUUUUGGGAGGGGGGGUGUCUUGCUGAUUCUGUAGCAAAACCUGGGAGGGGUCGGGCGGGGGGAGUUUACUUUGUUGUAAGGACUUGAUACCUGGCUACUGCGCUUUUUCUAUGAAACCUACUUGGAUCCCAUGACUGAAAUUUGGAAGCAUAUGUACAAAAAUCAUUUUUACGUUUUAUUUUUAAUAAAUCAUUGUGUUUGACCGUAAAUGUCUAACAUUUUUUCCUAGGAUCCAUUCCGUACGGUUUAAGGGAUUUUAGUUUUGAAAUAUUUUUUUCUUGUUAAUUCUUAAUUCUUGAUGUGUACUUAGAGAAAUUUUAAAAGGUCCUGGUGUUUUUAUUUUCCUGUUGCCCUGCUAGUGGCUUUAUUGGAUUUUAUUCCUUAAAGACAAAACUUUUGAAGUACUAAUUGGUGGAUGUGGCUUGUUUAAAAAAAAGAAAAAACUACACUUAAGUUACUGUUCAUCCACCAUCUUGUACUAAGUUGUUUGCUUGCCACCCUAUGACAUGGCUGGUCACUUUCUAUGAAUUUUUUGUCAACGUAUGUACUGUGUAGUUCUGAAGAAAUAGUUUGUGUUAAGCAUGUGUUUUCAUUCAUAUAAACUGUUAAAAAUUUCAGAUGACUUAGUUUCAGUCCUCUUAUUGAUUUGGUUUGACUGUAAUGACUCGUUACAAGCAAGGGUUAUUAUCAGAAAUAAUAACCUAAAUGCAUUUUUGUAUUUCCUGAGCAGGUUAAACUUUUUCCCCUUCCACUUACCUGAACUAUUGUCCUCAUUAAACCCCCUCCCCCAUUAGUUCUUUGUAGCACCAUCUACUGGCAGAAUGGCAGUACCUCUGCAAUACAAUUUAAUUAAAAAUUGUUUGAUUUAAGUAAAUUGCACUAGACUUGUAUGUUUUGACAUCAGAAAUACCUGUGUAGACUCAGAAGUUACAUGUUUUACAUAUAACUUAAAAGGCUUCAACAGGAAUAUAAUGAACAUAGUUGUCCAUGUCACUACAGCCCACACACUACAUAAGAAUUGAACAUGUAAAUUGCUAUGCAUAGCUUGGGCAAUAGUCCUAAACAGCUAUGAAAAAUAGUGAGCCAGCUAAGUGUACCGGCAAUUUAGGUGCAAGUUGUAAAGCAAAAUAUCUGUAUUCUGCUUGAUUAACAAAUGUAUAUUUGUAGCCCUUUCAUGCAAUAGAAUUCAAGUUGUUGUUUAUAAAAAAAAAAAACUGAUAAUGGGGACAUUUGCCUUCCUGGAUAGAAAUAGAGAAUAGCAACGUUUAUGGAUAUUGCAAAUAAAGAAUUCAAUUCUUUA